ACAUAUUGGCACAUUAGUUGCAAACGGUGUUUCUUCUACACUUGUGCCUGCACAAUUAAAGGAUUACAUAACCUCAUUGUUUGUUGACCAGCCCUCUCUGAAAGACUUCCUGGGUAAAACGAAAGUCAGAGAUACAGGAGAGAAGAGCCAUGGAAAUGCAGGAGAUCAUCACAGAAAAAGAAAAAACCAAAGAAGAUGAAAAAGCAAGCAAACUGAUGCUGGAGGUCAAAAAUGAAGGUACAAGAAAUUUAAUGAAUUCAGCUUUAGAGGAAGUAGACCCAGGCCAUUACUCCAAACUAGAAAAUCUACCUGAGGACAUCUAUUCAGAAGCUUGUCCGAGUGACUUUCCGGCUAAAACAAAAGCAGGGAAACAGACUGACGGAAAUGCCCGCCUGUUCCGUGCUGGCUGUUUAUUCCUCACAAUAAUCUGCCUGGUCCUGCUGCUGGUUAUCAUUAUCCUCGGUUUGAAACUUCAAACUGGAUCCACAAUCUGCCCAGAGAGAGAGGAAAUACCAGCAACAAACAAUGGCCCGACUUGCGACUACGAACAAUGCCAGAACCAAUUCAUCACCCUUCAACCCCAUCGCCUCGGCUGCCAGCAGUGUGCAGACGGAUGGCUGACUCUUGGACGGACGUGUUUUUACCUGUCCACCUUCAGGCUGAGCUGGGAUAAGAGCCAGAUGAACUGCACCGCUAGAGGAGGAUCUUUGGCUGUCAUCACCAGCCAGAGCAUUCAGAGAUUUCUGACUAGGAAAGGGAUCCUGAAAUACUGGAUUGGGCUGAGACACGAAGUAGAUACAUGGAAGUGGGUCAACAACAAUACCCUGCAAAAGAGUUAUUGGACCGAUGGUAUGCCACAAGGGGAUUGUGGGAUCCUGAGCAGUGAAGACCCAUCUGAGAAGAACUGGAUCAAAGCGCCCUGCAAAGCCUACUCCUACUUCAUCUGUCAGGUGGCGUUCUGACAGCAUUGUCUUUUUUAACAGAGAAAUUAGCAAACCAAUUCUCUGUCAACAAGCAUUUACAAUUUUCUCAAUAACAUUUCAAAUAAUUUCUCUUUCCACUUUACACCUCAAUCAGCAGUCUCCAGCAAACUUAUAUAUUCUUGUAGCAUUUUGUAGCAUAAUUUGUAUGUAUAUGAUGCUUGUAAGCACUUUACUACUAAUCAGAGUAUAUCUGUAUCUUAUGUUGGAUCUAUGUUACUGUAUGAUCCAAUAUAUUACUGUAUGACUUUUUUUAAUAAAUAUAUGUCAGUGA